GUGACAACUGCUGGCGGUAUCGAGGAUGAUUUCAUGAAGUGUAGAACGCCCUUCUACCACAGAAACUUCCGGAUGAACGGAGCAGAUUUGCACAAACGCGCCCACAACAGAACAGGAAAUCUCAUCGUCCCCAACAACUGUUACCGUGAGUUCCACAAGUUUCUCAACCCUAUACUGGAGGACAUGAGGGAAGACCAGAUGUUGAGAACGGAGUGGACACCACAAAAACUCAUCUGGCACCUGGGCAAAGAGAUCAACGACCCUGCCUCCAUCUACUACUGGGCCUACCGGAAACGCAUCCCUGUCUUCUGUCCCGCCAUCAGAGACGGGGCGGUGGGCGAUGUGCUCUACUUCCACAGGCACGUGCGUGGCCGGACGGCGGUCAAGCUGGACAUAGUGGAGGAUAUACAGGCCCUGAACGAUAUGGCUGUCCAGUCGGUGAACACAGCCCUGAUCACUGUGGGCGGCGGAGUGAUCAAACACCACAUCCUGAACGCCAACACGUUCCGAGACGGGGCCGACUUCUCUCUCUUCAUCAACACGGCCGCCGAGUUUGACGGAAGUGACGCAGGGGCCAGUCCAGACGAGGCCAAGUCCUGGGGAAAAAUCAGCCCUCAGCGUACCCCGGUCAAGGUGUUCGCCGAUGCCACUCUAGUGCUGCCCCUCCUUGUAGCGGAGACGUUCGCCAAAAGGGAGGACGAGUUUAAGGUGUUUAACAGGACAAACUUAAACUAGACCCAAGGAGGUUAUGCAGUAAGGUCCUUGCCUGGACUAGGCAACGACGUGGUCAUUGAUUGGUUGGGGAGAAAGCUUGAGGAUUGUACAUGUACAUGUACGUUUCGCCAGAGUCGUGUUGUGGGGAUUUUGGGAAAAGUACUUAUUCAUGUAUUACUUGGUGUGGGAAAAGAAGAGGACUUUCUCCUUUCCAACCAAACAUCUAUCGUCCUUAUCUACCCUCCUUCUAUAUUUUGUUUUUUCCUCUCUUGUAACACCUCUAAUCUUCGGCACUUAUAUGACCAUAUUGCGUUGCAAGUGCCGUAAAACUCUUACAAAAACCAAAGAGGAUUGUACGUUUCGCCAGCGUCAAGUUGUGGGGAUUUUAGGAAAAGUAGCCUACUUAGUGUGG